GUGCCUAACUGGAGCCAUAUGACCUUAACACAUUUGAGAAUUGUACCGAAACACUGACAAACACUCUGGUGCAGCAAUGUCUGUCAUAGAGGAAAAUCGCCCUUUUGCCCAGCAACUAUCCAAUGUCUACUUUACUAUACUUUCACUUUUUUGUUUUAAACUUUUUGUGAAAAUCAGCCUUGCCAUUCUCAGUCACUUCUACAUUGUAAAGGGGAACCGUAAGGAGGCAGCAAGGAUAGCUGAUGAAUUUUAUGGAAUUCCUCAAGGGCAAGGUUCUUGGGCAGAUCGUUCACCACUGCAUGAGGCAGCCAGUCAAGGACGUCUCCUUUCUCUAAAAACUUUACUGUCACAGGGUUACAAUGUGGACACUCUGACAAUUGACCAAGUCACUCCACUGCAUGAAGCCUGCCUAGGAGAUCAUGUAGGAUGUGCAAGAAUCCUUCUUGAAGCAGGGGCAAAUGUAAAUGCUACAACAAUUGACGGAGUGAACCCAUUAUUUAAUGCAUGUUCAAGAGGCAGUGCAUCUUGUGCAGAGCUUUUGUUGGAGUAUGGUGCCAAAGCUCAGUGGGAGUCAUGUCUCCCUUCACCGACUCACGAAGCAGCCAGUAGAGGUCACAGUGAAUGUCUGGAAGUUCUGAUCUCCUGGGGCAUAGAUGUUGACCAAGACAUUCCUCAUCUGGGAACACCUCUAUAUGUAGCUUGUGUUUCACAGCAGAUCCAUUGCAUUCGAAAACUUCUUUAUGCAGGCGCUAAUGUACAGAAAGGAAAGUAUUUGGACACUCCACUACAUGCAGCAGCUCAGCAACCCAGUACAGAGAUAGUAAAUUUACUUCUUGAAUUUGGGGCCAACAUUAAUGCCAAGAAUACAGAUUUUGAACGGCCCGUAGAUUUAGCUGCCCCAAGCAGUUUGGUGGAGAGAAUGUUGCUUCUGCAUGAAGCUACUCCAUGCUCUCUUUGCCAACUCUGCCGACUAUGUAUCCGAAAUUGCAUAGGAAGAGCAAGACUGCAUCUUAUCCCCCAACUUCAGUUGCCAACAAUAUUGAAGGAGUUUUUACAGUAUAGAUAAAAUAGUGGCUAACCUUUAGAAACUUGAACAAGUACUGUUUUGUUUGUAUGCUUAAUGUUCACAUGAAGAACUUCUGAGGAAAUAGUCUUUUACAUAUUACUAUACUAAGUCUUUGACACCAGGAGUCGUGAUGUAACAAUAUUUGGGAGCCCUUGAACGACUCGGUGCCAAGGUGCUAAUACACCUGAGUAAAAUGAAGUGUGCUAAUGAUUGUAUAGCUAGCUUUAGCUUAACACUUACUAAUUAGCUAUCUUGCUGAUAAAGUUAAUUAAUUGUAUUUGUACGUUAUAAUCUGUUUGAUACAUCUGAAACCUCACAGAGUUCCUUUACAAGUAUUGUUGAGUUUGUCAAUUUGGAUUUAUUAUUGUAUAUUUGUAAAUGUCUGUUAUUUGUGUCUAGAAAUACAAGGCAAUAGGUGCACUCUAUAAGAUGGAAAAAUAAAUAGGUCUCUCAAUUUUU